CAAUAACUGGUUAUUCCCGCCUACGCAGACAGAACGAAAGCUUCGCAAAGAACUGGAAAGUCUAGUAAAGUUGUGGCAAAAUGGUGGCAACAUGUCGGAUUUACAAGAAAAUGUCCCCCAAUGGAAAGGUGACGUUAUACUUACCCAAGAGAGAAUACGUGGAUCAUAUAACAAGCGUUGAUCCUAUUGAAGGGAUUGUGCUUCUGGACGAUGAGUACUUGAAGCAUCGUCAAGUUUAUGGUCAUGUCAUUGCAAUAUUUCGAUAUGGAAGAGAAGAUGACGAGGUAAUGGGACUGAAAUUCGUAAAGGAGUUGUAUUUGGCUUCUGAGCAGAUUUACCCGUCGCCUCACGAAACAGAAACCAACAGACGUCCGAAUUCCAGAAUGCAAGAGCGACUGAUGAACAAGCUGGGUGCGAAUGCAUAUCCGUUUCAAAUAAAGCUCCCAAACAACGCUCCCCAUUCCGUCAUCUUACAACCAGCGUCAGCUGAUACCGGGCAACCUUGCGGAGUGUAUUACGAAAUAAGAAUCACAGUUGGUGCAACACAGCACGAUCAAGGUCAUAAGAGGAGUUCUGUGACCAUGGGCAUCAGAAAAGUGCAGCGUGCCCACCUAGUUGGCAGCAGACAACCUUGCAGUGUGAUCAAAAAGGAUUUUCUGCUCAGUCCUGGACAUUUAGAAUUGGAAGUCACGUUAGAUCGUCAAGUUUUCUGCCACGGAGAUCCAGUAGCUGUAAAUAUUGCCGUUAGAAAUUACUCUAAUAAGACGGUGAAAAGGAUUAAAGUGUACGGUAUGCAGAAUGUUGAUAUCUGUAUGUUUGCAAGUGGACACUGCAGAACUGUAAUAGCAUGCAUGGACACGGAAUCCGGUUGUCCUAUUGGGCCAGGUGGUACCCUUCAUAAAAUAAUGGAGAUCUAUCCAACGAAUCUCGAAUCGAAAGGAACACGAGGCAUCGCCUUGGAUGCUCCAGUCGGGGACGAAACUGUUGAAAUAGCGUCUUCUACCAUACUUCCGGAAGAUCAAGAGAAGGAUCCCUUUGGAAUCAUUGUAUCCUAUUCCAUCAAAGUGAAGUUGAUUUUGGGAGCUUUAGGAGGGGAAGUUGUUGCCGAGUUGCCGUUUGUGCUGAUGAAUCCAGGUGCAGGAGCUAUAAAAGCAGUGGAUGAAAACGGACAGUUGUUGCCAGGAAAUAAAGAAGUUGACUUGGAGUGCACUAAACCAUUAAACAAGAAGGAUGCCUGAUGAGAAUACUCUUUUAAAAGCUGUGUAAUAUGAUUUAGUUUAGUAUCUUCAGGCACCAAGAUCAAAGAGCUAUUGUAUUUGAACACUCUAAAUAAAAACAAUGAACUACAAAGAACUAUCAUUUUAAU